GGCGGCGGCGGUCGGCGGAGGAGGAGGCGGAGGAACAGCCCGACAACCCCCUCUCUCUCCCCCCCACACCCACACCCAACCCCGGCUCACAGGCAGCGGCCCCACACACCGGCUCCACCACACCCUCUCCUCACCGCCACCGCAGCAGCAGCAGCAGCAGCAGCAGCAGCGCUCCCCGCGGCCUCGGCCUCCCGCUAACUCACACACACACACACACACACACACACACACACACACAACCGGGCCGCAGCGAGCGAGCGGGCGGGCGGUGAGAGGCGUGAAGAGGAGACUAAACCACCCCACCCCCCCACUCACAGCGGCGGGCGGUGCGGUGCGGUGCGGGCGGCGACAGUUGAUCGAAUUAUCUGGAAGCGGACGGACGGACAUCGGCGGCCGGCAUCAUCAUGGGAAACGAAGCAAGCUACCCCCUGGAAAUGUGCUCGCACUUUGAUGCUGAUGAGAUUAAACGACUAGGAAAGCGUUUUAAGAAACUGGAUUUGGACAAUUCUGGCUCACUAAGUGUGGAGGAGUUUAUGUCUCUGCCUGAGUUGCAACAGAACCCACUCGUGCAACGAGUUAUAGAUAUCUUUGACACGGAUGGAAACGGUGAAGUUGACUUUAAAGAGUUUAUUGAAGGAGUCUCCCAGUUUAGUGUUAAAGGUGACAAAGAACAGAAAUUGCGAUUUGCUUUCCGCAUCUACGACAUGGAUAAGGAUGGGUACAUCUCUAACGGAGAGCUUUUCCAGGUGCUUAAGAUGAUGGUUGGGAACAAUCUAAAGGACACACAGCUCCAGCAAAUUGUAGAUAAAACCAUAAUUAAUGCAGAUAAGGAUGGAGAUGGAAGAAUAUCCUUCGAAGAGUUUUGCGCAAUGUACUCUUCCAUCCAGGUCGUUGGAGGCCUAGACAUCCACAAAAAGAUGGUGGUUGAUGUGUGACCUCUUCAAGACUCCACCCAACACUUCUGCUUUCUUCUCCAUUUCUGAAGAUCUGCCCAAAAUGUCCAGCAAUGCUUUGUGUAUUUAAUGGAAGUAUUUUCUCUGUGAAGCCACUUUUUCCAACAUGAGCCUCAAGAAGCCAACGAAGUGUUAUUGAACUUCAACUCUCUCAAUAACCCAGUGUAGCACUUUACAAUCUGAAGGACAGCUGAAAAGGAUCAUCUCGGUGUGGUGGAGGGGCAGGGUUAGAUUUUUAUUUAUUUCAUUCUCAUCUUUUAUAAUAAGGACGUAUAAUCUAAUAGCUUUGUAAAUGUAAAAGUAGUAAUUUGGGCUUCAAUAAACGACGCAGAGACUUGAUUUAAAAUAAAGUAGUCUACGAAGUGCCAAGCAUGGAUUACACAAACCAUUUUAAAAUACUUUUGUCAUUUGUUUUUAUUGGGUUCCCCAUGAUGUAUUUCAUUUCGCAAUAGAUUAAAAAAAACUAUUGGAAAAAUAAUUGAUUCUUGUGAGCAGGGUUUACUUAUACUAUUGUUUUGGUAUGUCGACUGUAAACAUUGCUUCUGAUAGCUAUUUACAUGUUAAUAAAUGUUCCUUUUUAGGGACAAUAUCUUUAGCUAGUUUAUCUUUCAGUAAUUCCUCUAGCAUAAUGUGGAUGCCAAGAACUUUACUCGAGUAUAAAUGGCAGGGUGGUUAGAUGGUAGAUCUUUGGUAUGGUAACAAUAUCAGACAUUUAACCACAAGUCAUUAUCUUUGCAGUUACAUUGCUUAAACAAUUUAACUUGCAGGGAAACUUGGCUUGGAAAAAAACCCAUGACUAUAAUUAUAAUUAGCGAUCAGUUCAUUGCACUCUACAGAUUGGAAAUCGUCUUAAUCUUGUAUUUUAUAUCGAUGCCCUUUUCAAUUGGAACUUUUGCGUCUUGUAUACCACGUGUGAUGUUAGUGCAUGUGCAGCGAGCGGUUUCUGCGUCCGAUUGGUCCAUUUGGUUAUAGUAAACAAAGCUUACAACAAUUAGCUUCUUAAUCCAGACUCUCCAUUUUAACAAGACUUCUGUUGGGAAAAGGGGUGGGCUAGAUUUCUCUUUCUGCAAAGGUUAUUCACGUGCCUCUGUACUGUUGCUGUUCCUUCAUUUAAGUGCUGCACACUGGUGGGCUCUGACUGCGCGAGAGAUCCAGGUGCUUGGUGUCCUUGCAUGAUAAACUUUUUGCAUGUAGAUUGACUGAUGUUCCUCUUGUUUACAUAAAUUACAAUGUUCAUAUAAAAGUUGCCAAAUGUUGGUAAAUGUUGAAGAAAAGAAAAAACUCCACUAACUUUCUUCCUCUGGAUCAGUACAUGGCUUGUAAUUCAUAGCCAGUCGUAUCUGCUCCAGUGUCAAUGGCCAUGUGCUCUGUUUCAAGGGGGAAUCUAGUCUUGUGAAUUUAUUUGUACAUAUUUGUUAGUCAUGUAGGGAAAAUGUUCCCUUUGCUUGUGCAUAAUUUGACUGCAGUCUGAACUAGUGUACAUCUUUUUCCUCAAAACAAUGGAAUGUUUUUAGUUUUAUGUAGGGGGGGGGUUGAAAAAGUGAAUGUUGAGUUUUCUUCUGCAUGUUGCAUUAUAUGCGGUGGGACUAUUGGAACCUUCAUACUGUAUAAGUAAAUGGAAAAUAAAAAUUUGAAACGGUU